ACACUCUCAUUCUUUCCGAACCACUCCCACCGCACACCAAUUUACGCUUCCCGUCUCCCUUCUUACCGUGUGUCGUCGGAGCAUAGAACGAUCCUAUCAAACCCCAACAUAAACGCCACUAAAAUCCAUCAAGUGCCACAAACUCCCUACCCCACACAUUCCCGUGUCCACCUCCACCUCCCCAUCCAACCUACACCGUUAAACACCAACAUCCCCCCGCUCCCCCUCCAUAUUCCCGCACGAACAAGCAAUGAACAAGAAAAAGCUUCAGCUCAACUUUGCUUCCCUGCUCCGAACCAUGCACGCAAGCCGAGCCCAAUCUCAGCCCGAACCAGCAGAGAAAAAAGCCACUGCCAUCUUCACAUGUGCUACCAUCCUAUCAGAGAAGAAAGAAUAAAAGGAAUAAAUACAAGGAUCCUCAGCUCCCUUUACCCUCCCUCUCCACCCAUGUUCCGUUCCUUCACAAAACCUCACACCGAUUAUGUAUAUGAGACGAAUUUACCCCACACGAGAACGCAAUUUUAA